GGCCCAUUAGCACGUCGCCGAACGGCCUAAUAACCCGGCCACGACCUUCUCUAACCUCCCACGAUUCCACCAUCCUCCGCCUGCAGUGCCGCCGCUGUCCACCGGCCUCCUCCCGCGAAACUGCCGCUGCCCGCCUCCCACGGAACCACCGCCGGCCUGAUCCCGCGGCCCUGCAUCCGCCCUUUUGCUGCGGCCACGCGCCUUCCUCCUCCCGCGGCCCUACCCCCGGUCUUCUCCGGCGGCCGCGCGCCGUCCUCCUAUCGUUGCCCCGCCACCGACCUCCUCCCGCGGACGCGCCGCCGCCGACCCCCAACAGGAUCCCGUGCCUCCACCACCCCCAAGAUCCUACGCCGCUGGGCGGGAUCCAGCAUCCCGCAUCCACAUCCCGGCGAGCCCAAGCACGCUGUCGGCCGCGUGUACCCGACGCGACACCUCCUGCCUCCCAACAUCGCCGCCUACCCCGCCAUCACCGCAACCACGCAUCGCUCAUGCUGGGAUCCAUCGUGUAGUCCACCUCGUCCGUGUGUGCAGUCCCUCCUUGUCUGCUCGCUUGACAGCAGAGUUGAGACCUCCCUCUCUGCCCCCUCCUCCACCUCACGACGUCCUUGCAGACAAUUCAUCGAGAGCUAGCAGUUCAAUUUGCUCCAGCAAUUCAAUUUUGUCAUGUGCAUCACCCAGAUGAAUAUGUCUGUGUUUUGUUUAGUAUACAUUGAGUAAAUUCGGUAUUGUUUUUUCAAUUCACUCCAGCAAUUCUAGUAUUUUCAAUUUCACGUUUAUGUGUACAUUGAGAAAGUUAAGUAUUGUCGUGGUCGACAAUGACCACAACGAGCUAAGUAACUUUGUCCAAUUAUCUAUAUGGGUGCAUAUCUUGUGUUAACUGAAAUGCCUCCACGAACAAGAAUACUAAUUCCAUCAGUUUUGAGUACGUGUGAUGUGGUCCUCUGUUGUUUCAUUCUUCCGGGAAAUUCUUGUAGUGUUCUACAUCUCCUUGUUAUCUUGUAAUGGGGCGUGCACUGGUUCUUCCAUGAAAAUAUUUUGUAGCUAGCUGGUAGUGCAACUACUCUCUCGCCUGUGUUGCUUCCUAUCCUUCCAGUGCCACUGUAACUACUCUCUCGCCUGUGUUAUUGUUCUAUGUGAUGCCUCUGCUUUGUGUCCACGCCCAACUUGCUGAUGUUUGUCUCUCACUAGGUGCUAAUUCUCUAUCUAAUUGAUUCUGAUCGACAGCAAACAGUGCUCCCAAAUCUUCAGAAGGAGCCCCUGAUUUUUUAUGUCUGAAGUUCAGCUGUACCAUGGAGACGCCGUUCGAAAACACUAGCAGGCGACGUACUAACCAGCUGCAGGUCACGGUCUCCUCGACUUGCAGGUCGUCUAAAUCUGGAGUUCUAGACUGUAUGAUCUACUGGGUUGCCUGCGCUGGUCGUCGAAGCCUACCGAGGUGGUGCCCCACUGUUGCCAGUGUCUCCCUACACCCCUCCUCCACACCACAAGGACGACUGAGAUAUCAGAGGAGAAGAAAGGCCAGCACCGAGCUACUGCUUGUUUUUGCUUGCACAGCCAAUUUGCUCGUUGCUAGGAAGAAGACAAAGAGAGAAAAUUAUGGAGUUAAAGAGAUAAAAGAGUAGAGUGCCUACGUGGUGUGGAUAUGAAACUUGUGGUGUGUGAGAGGAUAAGGGAUACUAUUCAGUGAUAAAAAUAACUUGUGGUUCAGAGAAAAA